AUGGCGUGGUGCUUAUGGCAGAGACGAAAUCGUUUGCGUGUUCGUCAAUCAGUGUGGCCCUUACUUGAAAUCAUUGAAAGAGCAAAGGCUUUGGUCGUUGAAUUUUUUGAUGCUAAUAAACAGGAGGUUAGGCCGAGAAAUAGAUGUCCUACUGCUCGCUGGGUUCCGCCUGGGGCUGAUUGGUAUAAAGCCAAUUAUGAUGUAGCAAUCUUUGAUUCAUUGGGUUAUGCAGGUCUGGGGGUGGUGAUAAGGGACAGCUCGGGUAAUGUUAUCGCUGCCUUGAGUCAGAAAAUUGGGUUACUUCAUUCUGUUGACACAGCUGAAGCUCUGGUUGCACUUCGGGCGUUGCAAUACUUUGUAUGGGACUGUUAUUGA